AUGCUGCUGCGCGGGUACUACUCGGACGACACGGAGAAUGCGGCGCUCGUGGUGGACUGCAAGGCCGUGCACACGUGGAUCAAGGAGCUGGGUAUCGUGUGGUUCGCCAACGGCGCCGACCACAAGGUGCGGCUGGCGGCGCGCGGCGGCAAGCAGCAGGAGCGCGGCGAGGGCUUCAUGAAGGCGAUCGAGAUCGACGGCGAGGAGAUCCCGAUGAUGAGCGUGGGCGACGAGGUGACGACGGAGGGCGGGCUGACUCUGAGGUUGGCGGCUCUGGAGAAGGAGGGCCCGUAUGACGUGGACUACUACACGCUCAACAUCAACGGGCUCCUGGAGCACACCGACGAUGUGCACGGCGUGCUCGGCCAGACGUACCGCCCCGACCACGCGGCGCGCGCCGCCGACUUCCAGCGUCUGAUCGCGAACCUGCACCGUCCGAUCUCGGCUGACAGCGAGGAGGGCGCUGGGUUCCUGGACGGUACUCCGCGGCUGUACGAGUCGAGCUCCGUGCUGUCCGUGGACUGCGUGCAAACCGAGUACCACCGCGACAAGCAGCUCAGCCCCGUCGAGGAGUUCCCAAGGGAGCCCCUCAACUAA